AUGUCUCGAGAUGGUGGACUCAAUUUAGAGAGCCAUGUUCCUGAAGAGUCAGCACCUUUCUUUUCUCAAAUUACUUGGUGGUGGUUGAACAGCAUUAAUCUGACUGUUAAACCUGGAGAAUUGGUAGCUAUAGUUGGACAUGUUGGUGCGGGCAAGUCAUCUUUAAUAUCAGCUCUGUUAAGAGAAAUGGAUAAACUCAAUGGUCAUGUAGUAUUGAGGGGUAAUGUGGCUUAUGUACCCUCAACAAGCUGGAUUCAGAAUGCCACUGUCAAAGAUGUUCUGUUCGGGAAAGACUUGCGUUGUACAUUGUAUGGUCGGGACACUUCACAUUCUUGUGCUCUGGAACGAGAAUCUCGAGAUUUUACGGGAGGAGAUAUGACUGAGAUAGGAGAGAAAGGUAUCAAUCUUAGUGGAGGUCAAAGAACACGUGUCAGUCUUGCUAGAGCUGUCUAUCAAGAGGCUGACAUUUAUCUCCUUGAUUGUCCUUUAUCUGCAGUAGACUCUCAUGGUUGUAAACACAUUUUUGACAAA